AUGGCCUCGUCUAAGCGUGCUGUGUUCCUUUUCGUCCUCUCGGCGCUGGUCGUGUUUGUGGGGAGCGAGACGGCCCGCGACGACAAAGUGCCGUCGUCGAAAAGUGAUAAUUCCACGGAGAAAGCUGGACCCUACAAGUCGAAGAAGGAGUUCGAUCCCCAAGGGAUGGAACACAUUUACUUCGCUGCUUCUUACUUCUUGGAGAAACUCCUGCCUGGGCCCGAAUUCUUGCCUCCGUUCAUCCUGGAGCUUGGAGCUGGUUCUUUCCCUCGUUAUUCGGCCUUCCGAGGAUUCUCAGCCCCAUUCACUCCAUCGUCGUCGUGGACAUCCUCUUCACGCAUCAUUAAGAUGGGCAAUCGGCCCCAAAGACCCUUCAACUGCAGCGAACAGGUUUCCCCGCAGACAAGAAAAGAAUUGGAAACGGUGCUGAGUCUGGAACGUCUGGAAAGUGAACGAUUGGAUCUGAACGGGAAGAAGAGAGUCGAAGAUGUGAUAGAGAAUAUAAAGUUCACAGUGGACGACAUAUGGCCCACGGUGAAGUACUACAAGAGGCCAGUGGCCUGUUUGGUGAUAGGAGUCCUGGUGGCAACCCUGCUUCCGAUGGCAGGGUUGCUCUUCUGUUGCGGUCGCCUCUGCAACCGUUGCGGCAAGAAGGCCUACGAGGUGGAAGAGUUCGAGAUGAAGCACGACCUCUGGAAGAGGGUCUGCUUCAGUUUCUUCCUCACGCUCGUCGUCAUCAUCAUGGCGUUCGGCGUGGUGGUGGCGUUUGUGAAUACGCAGUACACCAAAGAGGGUGUGGAAAGAUUCCCGGAUCGCAUGGACAACUUCCUCUCUGAUCUCUCCACUUAUUUCAACUCCAGCGCUCAGGAAGCCCAGGCCCUGAUGGUGACCAACUUUGACCAAGUUCGAGCAGAUCUCUUGCAAGACGUCGAAAAUGGAGGCGUCAAAGUUCGAAAAUACCUGGCCAACAUCACAGGGGCCUCGGCAGCCGACGACUUGGCAGAGAUGGCUCAACGCAUUCCACGUAUUACCGAGAACCUCAGGGAUCUCGAGUCGGAGCGCAAGAAGUUCCUCUCGAACAUCGGAAUCCUCAACCAUGGUUUGGAGAAUCUCAGAAGAAUCCUCUCAAGACUGGAGCAGUGCUCUCACAAAGAAUGCAGGGACUUCCUUCGGGAGCACCCACCUUCUCAGCUUCAAGUAGCUGAUAAUUUCACAGAUCUGCCAGCAUUGGACGCAGUGAUCUCAGUGUUGGAUCGGCUUUUGCUGAGGAACAUGGUCGAGAUUGUAAUGCAGGGGAAGGAGAUGCUGGAUUCGGUCAAGCUCAAGCUUGAGGGUCAUCUGGAAGAAAUAUUGCCCGAGUUUCGGAAUCAGCUCGACUCGAUCGGUUCUGAAGCGGAAGCUCUAUCUGAGCGAAUCUCUGAUCAUGUAGAUCUGUACGACAUUAACGAGGCAAAGGAGCAUGUGAAAGCUGCAAAGGAGCAAAUCCAGAAAUACUCUCCUUAUGUGUCAGCUGCCGUGUUUUGUCUCUGCAGUGUUCUUCUAUUGAUUAUCCUGGCCCUCUUGAUUGGGCUGGUCUUUGGAUAUUUUGGGAACCCAGUUCAUCAUUAUUAUGGGGAGACUCAUUGUUCGAGACGCAGUGGUGCCGUCUGGCUCAUCUCGGCGGUGUACUUGAUGUUCUUCGUUCCAUUGAUCCUGAUGACUGUGACGACAGUUUUGUUCCUCGUGGGUCUGCUGUCCAGUCGUGUCGUUUGCCUCACGUUGUCCACGCUCCCCAACAACACCCUGACCCAGGUGCUCCACCAGGUGGAGUUCUCCCAGACGAUCCCACCCGACAACCAGGUGGUGACCAUCAACGUGGUGGACUUUGUCCGCCGCUGUCACGAGAACCUGAGUCUCUUCAACGUCCUGGAGUUGGAGGACGUGGUGAACGUCGAUCGACUGCUUUCCCUCCCGCUCACGCGAGACGUUGAUCGGCACAUUGAGGAUUACGUUGAGAAGAUCCGCCUUCCUUCGCAAAUGAAUCUGCUGAACGAUACGGCACGGGAGCUUCUCACGUCAUUUACCAGAUCUGAAUUGUUCGAGGUCCCUCUGUCCAUAUUUGAGAAAGUACCAGAGAGACCGAUUCUCCAAGUGGAUCUCACAGAUUAUGAGGCAGCGUUAAAUAACACUGCUGAGGCUCUCAGGAACAAUGGACACUUCAGUCUUCACAACCAGCUGUAUAAUGAUGCGAAGUACGUGAGUGGAGAGAGAGCAUUCCUGAGUGAUGCCCAGAAAUCAAGUGAGAGGAUGGCUGUGAUUGCAGUCACCCUCAAAGAUCUCCUGCAAUAUAAAGGACUACCCCUUGCCGCUGCAGUUGUGGAUCGGAUUGAUAUGGCUGAGAAAGCAAUGGAGUAUCUGCGCACACGCAAGAGUGAUAUUGUUGACUCUAUUCGAGGGAAGUACAGCAAAGACCUGGAGAGCAAAUUCUUUGGAUAUUUGAAAAGAGCUGUGAACAGCAUGCGAAAUGAUCUGAGUCACUGUGAGCCUGUGAGCAAUGCAUAUAAUGCCACAGUCUCUGCCCUCUGUGAUAAUGUUGUGCAACCACUGAAUGGAUUUUGGGCUGGAUUUGGGUGGUGUGUGCUGUUGUUUGUGCCGGGUAUCAUCUGCGCCGUGCUUCUGUCUGUCUACUACUCCAGAAUCAAACGGGAUUCCUCUGUCCCAGGAGGAAAUUCUUACCAUGACAUUGAAUACUUCUACGAUGCUUACAGUGAUCGUGAUAACCUCCCUCUUGCCAAUGUGGAGAAGCGGAAAGGAAAGACAAAGCCAAAAGGAAAAGCAACUGGAGGGAACGAGAGGAGGGGAUAUGAGAAUUCCAGGAGCUACAGCCCAGAAUACAGUCCAUCGGCGGUGUACCCCCGUGGGGAUGCUCGAGUGUUCCCCUCUUCCUCUGCCAGUCCUCCCAUCACCACCAAUUUUGGGGACCUGUCGCAGGAAGCCAGUUCCCCUGUCACUGACAGAUCUGUAGAGUUCCUCAGUGGAGGGCCACCAGAGUACACCAGUGAGCCCCAUUUGGCACCUGAAUAUGAAAGACCUCCUCCUUAUUAUUAUCCAGGACCCAAGUAG